AUAGAAUAGAAUAGAAUAGAAUAUAGAAUAGAAAAAAAAUGAAAUGCCUCUUAAGGAAAGAAUACACACCCCUUCUCCCUAAAACCAAAAUUUUAGAGUUAAGAUUGAAGAUUGAAAAAACCCCAAAAGUUUAGAUUUUAUCGGACAAAUUCCAAAUAAAACAACUUACAUUGGGGGCUGGGGCGUUGAAGCACGUUAAAAAAAUACAGCUUAUAUCGGGCAACAAUUACAAACCAAUAGAAAAACUGGCAUUUUUUAAAAAAAAAGCUAGUGUUUCUCAAAUGGAAACUUAUGAUACGUGGACUUCAACUCCCAGAAUUCCCCAGCUAGGAGAAAACAUUUCCCAGCCAGGGGAAUUCUGGGAGUUAUAGUCCACGUAUCUUAAAAGUCGCUAAAACGGGAUGAAAUGACGAAGCGGAGAAAGCUGAAUAUACAAACCGGGUCGGAAACUUCUUUAAGAUACGUGGACUUCAACUCCCAGAAUUCCCCAGCUAGGGAAAGACAUUUCCCAGCCAGGGGAAUCCUGGGAGUUGGAAGUCCACAGAUCUUAAAAAGUUGCUCAAAUGGAGAAAUGACAAAAGUAGAAGAAGCCGAAGAUAAAAAACCGAGUUAUUACAGAGGCCGGAAAUUAAAUGCAGGAGCGGAAAUAAUACUCGGCGAAUGCAAAAAUCAGAUCGUCACCCCCUCCCCGUCCCCUAUCUCCGCGUGUAAUUGAUGGGAAACCCCCCACUUUUCUCCUCUUCCAGACCAUCCUCAGUGCCCCCUGACCCCAUGGAGACCCCUCUGGAGAAAGCCUUAGCUACCCUGGUGUGUACCUUCCACAAAUAUUCGGGCAGAGAAGGCGACAAAUUGACUUUGAGCAAACAAGAAUUGAAAGAGCUGGUAAAACAGGAGCUGGCCUUGGGAGAGAAAAUGAAGGACCGUGGGAUCGACAAGCUGAUGGAGACCCUGGACAAGGAUCGCAACGACGAGAUCGAUUUUAAGGAAUAUACGGGCUUCCUCACAGCCCUCUGCAUGUCCUACAACGAAUUCUUCGAACAAGGUGCAAAAUGAGAAGCGGCCAUCGAAGAGGGAGGGGCUGGCAGAGAAGGAAAGACAGCCCCCCCACUCUUCCUCUCAAGUCCUCCUUUAAGCAUCUCCCCAUAAUGUAUCUCGAUAUCUAAAUUAAUAAAAUGCAGGUCUUCCCGAGUUUGAAGAAAAACGAAAUGCGGAAUACAAGGGGGGACGCGUGGCAAAAAACUGGGAUCGUUUUUGACUGUUAAGUCGUGUCCACUGGUUGGUGACUUUUUAGGCAAGGGUUAAAUUCAAUAAAUUCGAUUCGAUUCAAUUUCCGGGCAGAAAAAUAUUUCUCCCACCGCAAUCGUGGCAAUCCAAGAAACGUCAAUUUACAAACCGGGGCUUGCGAAUUUGCAAGAAGAGAAACCCAGGUUCAGUUCAGUUUCUCCCCCAGCCGAGGAAAUCCAAAUUUUUUUAAAAAACCAACCCUUUUGCAUCUCCCAAAAGGGCUUAAGCCGACAACGCAACCAUGCACCGUUGGGUUGGGUUGGGUUGUGUAGUUUUUUUGCAGCCUAAAUCCCUCCCAGCCACCCACAGAAGGAAGCAGGUGUGAAAAAAAUCAAGCCGUUCAGGUUCGUAUACAACUUUUCACCGACUCCCAAAAGUGAGAUGAGAAAGGUUUCGGCUUCACACUUUGUGUGUGUGUGUGUGUGAGAGAGUCUUGCCCCAAGGUCGCACUUCGAGGUCAGGAGGGGGGAAAAAAUGUGCACAGACAACAAGGCGAGAGAAGCCACAAACUCUCCCCUUUUCUCCAGAUAAUUACAGGAAGACUUUGCCCUGAAGUCGGCCAAGCCAAAGAAAUAGGAACAUUGAUUUAUUCUGUGCCUAUGUGUCCAUUUAAAAUAUAACAGUCUGGUGUGGAAAACCUCAUUUUCUCAGUUGUCGGCAGAGGAAUUACG